AUGAGUGGGCUUCUCAAGAGGAAGUUUGAGGAGGUGGAUGAGGACCCAUGCUACUCCUCACCCUCCUCCUUCUCCUCUGCCUGCUCAGGCUGGGACUCGGAGGGGGAGAGCUGCUACUCGGACACCCUGGAUUCCACCCCCAGCAACCCCAGCUCUCCUGCUAAAAAUUUCAACACAACCUCCAUCCUUAAGAAAUCCAAGAGAGCACGACAGGGCAACGUGACCUUUGACCAGGUGACGGUGUUCUUCUUCCCUCGGUGCCAGGGCUUCACCAGUGUUCCCAGUCGUGGAGGAUGCACUCUGGGCAUGAUGCAGCGCCACAGCGUGCUCCGCACGUACACUCUUGCUGAAUUUGCAGUGGAACAGCGGCUCCUACGCCGGGAAAAAUUCCUCAACAGACUCAGGGAGGAAAAGCUAGAGGCUCUCAAAUUAAAGCUGACUAAGAAUGGAACCCAAGAAAACGAGGAGGCGGAGCGACUAACGGUGGAUGACAUCCCCGAACAGGAUAUCGACAUCAGUGGGGCCAAUUUGGACGAGGGCUCUUUCCUCCAUCCUUUCCCGCCUAAACGUCGCUACGCACUGCUCAAAGAAGCCGGUGUGAAGAAGGUCGACAAGGAGGAGAAGAGGCAACUGCAUGAGCUCAGGAUCUCCAGGGAGAACUGCGGUUGCGACUGCCAGGGCUUCUGCGAGCCUGAGACGUGUAGCUGCAGCCUGGCCGGCAUCAAAUGUCAGAUGGAUCAUUCCUCUUUCCCAUGUGGCUGUACCAAGGACGGCUGCGGGAACACAGAAGGUCGCAUUGAGUUUAACUCCACCAGGGUACAGACGCAUUACAUCCACACUAUCAUGAAGCUGGAGCUGGAGAAGAGGUUGGAAGAGCAGUCGAGCACAGAGGAGGGGGAUGACAACACGACCACCUUACCAGCAGUGCCCUCCUUCCCCUUUAGUUCAGAUCUGGCGGCAGCUGGAGAGAACAGUUGCAGCAGCGAUAUGACAGACUUAUCAGACUCUUCAGGUCAGAGUGAGGACUCUGAGGCAGGCGAGAGCCAGCGUGAACACCGCACCCGGCUGGAUGUCGAUGAGAAAGGCCUGUGCCGCAUUUUGAGUUUCAGCGACGCAGUGAACGGCUCAAGAAGUGGGAACUGUAAAGACAUUUGCUGCCCAGAUCAACGGCAAGAUCAGCCGCAGCCAUCUAUGGAGGCUUUCAGUAGCUUUAGCAUGGUGGACUUUGCUGACGAGAAUGACAAUAUAGACGCUGCACUGUUGGACGAUCACACAGACAAUCGAGCAACAGCCAUCUCAGAACUUUUGGAUGAGAACGCCAACCAGGGAAACGGCCUAUUCCAUAGCAGUAGUGUGCCGCACACGCCCUCCCCAACCAUCGAUCGCUCGGCAAGCUAUAACAUGGACCUGAGCCUCUCCUCGGAGUCAGACCUGGAGUUCUUUGACGGUUUCCCCUGCUUGGGGCCCAGCUCGCUCUACAACUCCCUCAAGGAGUACGAACACAUGGACAACUUCUUUCAGUUUCAGUUGCCUAGUUACCCCAGCCUCCCUUCGGCGAGCGACCCCGGGACCUGCCUCCUGGAGUCGCUGAUUGGCCUUUCAGAAUCCGUCCCAGAACCCCCUGCCACCUUUACAGACAAUCAGCUGUUGGAGGAAGCCAUGAAAUUGUCUGUGAUGGAGUCUGUGAAAGUUUGA